AUGUCCGCUCUCCCCAUCCGCACGCAAACCUCCACCUCCAAGAUGCCCACCCUCUCCGCCGCCCGCUACGGCAAGGACAACGUCCGCGUCUGCAAGGUCAGCAAAGACCCCGCCACCGGCAUCCACACCGUGACCGAGAUGACCGUCUGCUGCCUCCUCGAGGGCGACAUCGCCACCAGCUACACCGAGGCCGACAACAGCGUCCUCUACGCCAGCCACCUCGGCGCCCACUUCCUCGCCAAGUACCCCCACAUCCACGUCGCCAACAUCAAGGUCGUCACCCACCGCUGGGCCCGCAUGACCGUCGACGGCAAGCCCCACCCCCAUUCCUUUUGGCGCGACGGCCACCACACCCGCGACGUCGAGGCCAGGGUCUCCCGCGCCGACGGCAUCCGCCUCGUCAGCGCCAUCUCCGGUCUUAGCGUCUUCAAGAGCACCGGCUCCGCUUUUCACGGCUUCGUCCGCGACGAGUACACCACCUUGGCCGAGACCAACGACAGGAUCCUGUCCACCGACAUCGACUGCACCUGGUCCUGGGCCUUUGCCGACGUCAAGGCCGUCGAGGAGGCCCAGGCCCAGUUCAACAAGGCCUUUGACGACGCGAGCGGCAUCUGCAUCAAGACUUUUGCCGAGGAUGAGAGCGCCAGCGUUCAGGCCACCAUGUACAAGAUGUGCGAGCAGAUUCUCGACGCUGCUCCCGGCGUUCGCACCGUCUCCUUUUCUCUUCCUAACAAGCACUACUUUGAGAUUGAUCUAAGCUGGCACAAGGGCUACCAGAACACCGGCAAGGAUGCCGAGGUGUACGCUCCCCAAUCCGGCCCCAAUGGCCUCAUCAAGUGCGAGGUCUCGCGGUAA